AUGGCCGUGUUUGCUAAAUCAAGAGGAGGUCUACCGGGUGGCCGGCAUAAGAAGAAAAAUGACUUAAUACUUGGACUAACGAGGAAACAACUAUCACUUCUCGUUCUCGUGAUUCAAAACUCGACUCUGGUGCUAAUGAUGAGAUAUUCGAGAAUCAGACAGAAACCGGGGGAAAACAUGUACAUAGCGUCAACUGCCGUCUUUCUUGCAGAGAUACUGAAAAUUAUAGCAUGUUUGGGUGUCAUGUGGUAUCAGGCAGCUUCAUUCGAAACAUUUGUCCAUACUGUACAGACCGAGAUCUUGGGCAAACCAAAAGAGGUAGUAAGAAUGUUAAUACCAUCGGGAUUAUACGCACUACAGAACAACCUCCUUUACGUCGCCCUGUCCAAUCUGGAAGCUGCCACGUUCCAAGUCACGUAUCAAAUGAAGAUUCUAUCCACGGCCGUGUUUUCCGUGAUUCUGUUGCAGAAAUCACUCAACCGAGGAAAAUGGUUUGCACUAGUGUUGUUGAUGAUUGGCGUAACUCUGGUACAAUUGCAAACCGUGAGUACGGUCAAGGUUGUUCCUGCGCCCGUCGCCGGUGCUCACGUUCCCUUACCCAAAAACGAAGAAAUGGUUGAUGGUGGUAAACUUGGGAUUGCAAAAGAUCCAAUGUCGCCAACCGAACUCCUCUUGGCCGCUCAGAAUCCACUCAUAGGUCUUAUAGCUGUUAUUACCUCUUGCAUAUCAUCAGGAUUUGCUGGCUGUUAUUUUGAAAAGAUUCUCAAGGGCUCGCCUACGAACAUGUGGGUACGGAAUAUUCAAUUGGGUAUAUCUGGCGCAUUAUUCUCUUUCCUUGGCAUGGUGAUUUAUGAUCGCGCAGAGAUCUUGGAGGGAGGGUUUUUGCAGGGCUAUGACAGCCUCACUUAUAUGGUAGUUGCUAACCAGGCUCUAGGUGGAUUGCUUGUUGCGAUCGUCGUCAAGUAUGCUGAUAAUAUUCUCAAGGGCUUUGCGACGUCAUUGUCUAUUAUUAUCUCUGGUAUUAUUAGUUCGUACUUCUUCGACUUUCACCCAAGCUCGCAAUUCACCAUCGGAGCAGUAAUUGUCAUGGUAUCAACAUAUCUUUAUGGUCAAGAGAGUAAUAAUAAAGAGAAAACCAAACCGGUGAAACGACAUGACGACCCAGACGAAGGUUCUAUCUCUCUCUUGAUGCUUAAGGAUUAG